CUCGCUACCACCCCCCUCCCCGUCAGCAGCAUCAGUGAGGUCCGAUCCAGUCCAUCGGCGAACAAGCGAGCACAGAAAACCCACCAUCUGUCCAGGCAUUUUCAGGCAGCUCAGCAGCCAUGGUGAAGCUAGGCAGCAAUCUGUCAGACAAACUGGAGAAGCAGCCGUCUGCGGAUGACGGCUUUGAUAACAUCCCCCUCAUCACUCCCCUGGAGGUCAACCAGCUGCAGCAGCCGUUCGCAGACAAGAUCAUUGUGAGGACGUCAACACAAUAUCAGCUGCAGCAGAAGAAGAAGAACAAACUGUACGAGCCCAAUAUCAGGAAGCUGAAAAUCAACUUCUACAGUGAUGUUUCAGACAAAGCUAAGAUCACAGGUCUGAUCCUCAUCACGUUGGCCUUCCUGACCAGCCUGCUCCUCCUGCUAAUGUACAAAGCCAUGUGGUACGACAAACUUACCUGCCCAGAGGGUUUCAUCCUCAAGCAGAAGCAUUGCACCCCGGCAGCUCUGGAGAUGUACUACACGCAGCAGCAGGAGGACCCGGGUGUCCGCGGCGGGGCCAACAGCGGGCUGUACGCCGCACUCAGCCACCUCAACCAGGUCAAGAGGACCGGGUCUGAGCUGCCGUCGCCAUGGCUACCAGUCAUCAACGCUCUGAAGGAGGCCGAGGUGGCCCAACGAGGUAGUGAGCAGCAGAAAGGAGUGCUUGAGGGAGAGGAGUGACGGGUCUGACAGGAUUGCUGGUGUGAAAGGGAGGAAGUGAUGACGGGGGGGGUGGUAGAGGAGAAGCCCUUUUGAUUGUAUUUGUUCAGGAGUUUAUUUUCCUUUCCCCUCGUGUCGUCCAUCGAACCGCUUGUUUAUACUGGUGCUCCGAAACCAUGAAGGUGUCUGUAUAACUACUGGAAUUGUAAAUCAGCUCUGUAAACCUCAUGUUUACUCAACUUCAAUACACGUAUAUUUCGUUAAUUCUUCUAUUACAGUCUAAUACACAACUUGUGUGUGUGUGUGUGUUUGUGUCGUAAGAUGUUGCGGUUAGAGGCAGGAAUGUUAUUAAAGUGUUGGAGAAUGUGCCUGACUUUUACAGUGUCACUGAGGCGUGAGUAAUCGCCGACAUCUGCAUUCAGUGUGUGUAUGUACACUGUAAAUGUUCAUGUGAGCGCAUGUGUAUUGCAUGCAUGUUUGCAGUUGUGUACGCGUGUGCGCAUACAUCCACACACCGUAUGAUUUGGUGUAUUUAUCAGCGAGAGUAUGAGGUGUGAGAAGAGAAGCGAAGCGAGAGCUCAGACUGAGAAGUGAGGAUAACAAGUUUUUAAUGAGAUCACGGCGAGUUCCUCCUCAUCGCUCCGUCUCGUUAUCUCGUUAUAUCUAUUCAUUUCAUUUCAGAGGGGAACACGUAUGAAAUUCUCAGCAUAUGUGCCCACACUUCCAACUUUAAGAGAAAGAACUAUAAUUGACCAUUUUAAUGUUUUGUCGGAAAAAUGAGAUUUAGCAUGCGAUUAUCUGGAAAUGGUAAAUUGCAGACCUGUUAGUUCGAAAGUGUUUUAAAGAGACUUACACAGUGGCGUUGGAAACCAUCAAACUAUUAAAAAUCUACUGAAAAACUACAACCUCUUUGUCAUUAUGGGUUUUUGUGUGUAGAAUAAGUUGCCAAACAAGUACAUUUUCACUAUUAUAACUUAAAACGACAACGCAAUAAAGUUUGCAACAUGUAAAUGGAGGUGAAGAUAUUCUGAAGCCACUGUACGUCUCUUUGUUAUGUUACAUGAUGAUGUGAGCAACUUACUGUCGUUACGAAUACAACUGGAGAGCUUUUAACUUAUUAAUAAUAAUAAAAAAAUUUACAUUUAAAUAAUGCUGUAUUUCCAUGUGUGGAAGAUGAUUGUAAAUUAUGAGUUUUGUUCCUAUAUUUUGUUUUUGAUGUACGUUGCUGUAAGUAUUCUGUAAUGCCAUUUUAAAUGACAGUUCAACCACAGGGUUGACUCAUUAUAUAUGAACGUAUGAAGUAGCUGCUCUAAUCAUGCAGUAUAGAUGUAAUCAGUGCUCAUGAUGUAUACCUAAAAGCUUCUAUUGUUUUCACAUGUUUCUAUUUAUUUCAUUAACAAAUCUGCGUGUCUAAUACUUGGUGUCUUUCCAACGAUAAAGUUGUGUUUGUAAAUCUC